UUUAUUGCUGCUAGUUCCGAAAGAAAUAGAAACCAUCCUCCUAAUUUAAAUGUAGGAAGUAAUGUUCUUAUUGGUGGAUUAUCUUUUCAUCCAUGUACUAAUAUUAUUGCUACUGGUCUUUCAAAUGGAGAUAUUUCUAUGUAUAAAUACAGCAAUGAAAAAAAUGACUUUUUAAGAACUAAUGAUAAUGUUCACUUAAAAAAAGUAAUGCUUUUAGAAUUCGAUCAAUCGGGUGAUUACAUUUAUUCAGUUUGUAAAGAUAAUAAUGUUUCUGUAUCUGAUACAGAAACUGGGAAAAUGAAAGUUUAUUUUGAAAAAGCUCACCGAGAAGGAGGUUUUGUGACUUCAUUAUGCCUUAUUGAUAAUAAUACAUUUGCAACUGGAGAUGAAGAUGGUUUAAUUAAUGUGUGGGACAUUCGAACAAAUGGAUGUAGAUUUUCAUUUAAAAAAACUGAAGAUAGUAUAAAUUCAAUGAUUUCUUUAGACAAUCAACUUGUUAGUGCAUCUGGUGAUGGAAUAUUAACUGUUAUGGAUCU